AGCUCAGCAGCCGCCAGCAGCAGAUGUCUCUCUCCGCGUCUCCUGUCACUGUCUCACAUCUACAGCCCCACUGCUCAUUUUCUGCGUCGUCAAACUUUUCAUUCGACACAACUCGGGUGUAUUCUUUAAAUUCAGGGAGCCGCACGCGCAUUAUUUUCAUGGCUCGACUUUGAAGAGACAGAAACUCUGUCGGAUCCGAGAGGCCAGGUUUGAGCACAGCUGUCCAAAGACUGCGAUGUCAUCAAAAAUGCAGAGCUCCAGUAGCAUAGCGCAGGCCAGGCGGAUGGUGCAGCAGCUGAGGAUAGAGGCCGGCAUCGAGAGGAUAAAGGUGUCCAAAGCCUCAUCAGACCUGAUGCGCUACUGUGGAGAACAUGCCAAGAAUGACCCGCUGCUCAUGGGCAUCCCCGCUUCAGAAAACCCUUUCAAGGACAAGAAGCCUUGCACUGUUUUGUAGGUGAACAUCGGAACUUUUGCUGCUUUCUUUUUUUAUUCUUAUGUGGGAAACAAAAGCUGUUCACAACUUAUCUUAGGGCCAGUGUACCCCCCUUUACUUUUUCACAUGCCUGCUGCAGUUUAAGGAAUGUAUUCUAGAUACCAGUUACACCAAAGAACAAGCAGAAGCGUGAAGCUGUGGCCUGGAGUUGAGCUGUACCAUGGAUGGGAGAGAUCCUAACUCUCUAAUUAUAACGGCACACAUAAACAAGCCCCCUUAAUCAUUAGUCCAAUCAGAUUUAGGCUUUCAGCUUUCACCUCUUCCUUUCAUCAGGCUUGCUUCAGGAAACAGUUGUUGGAGGUUGUGUUUUACUGAUAAUGAGAGCCAGAGAUAAUGAUAUCCUGUCCCCAGACAAGUAAACUGUCCGUCACAUGAAGACAAAUAGACAGAGUGGAGGUCCACUUCCACUGAUGCACAACUCCUCAGACACAAUCAUAAAUAAUAGUCUUGGCCAUUAAAUUGUUCUCAAACAACUCAAAUCCUAAUCAAAUUGUUCUAUCUAAUUCAACCUUUCCAGAGACAAACAGUUCCCUGAAAAUUUUUUUCAAGGUACUAAGAACUGCUUUUACCAGUGUUAGGAUGAAGUAUAGCUUAUUUACAGUCUAGAUCCACAAUUUUUUUUGGAUAAUUCAACACUGAGGUUUUAUUUUCUGUCAUUACUUGUUACUUCAAGCUAGUUGCAAUCCUGUUAUACGGCAGACUUUCAAUACAUACUUCAAUUAAAUCCAAUGCAUAGCUAUUGAAGGAAUACUUCACCCACAUAAUUAUCAUUUAUAAAUGAAUUAAUUUGUGUAAAAAAUGUUGCUUUUCUCACAUGCCUUUACAGUGAACGAAGAAUCCAAAAAAAGAAAAUUCUGUAUGAAUCUAAGUCAGCGGGAUCUGUGUUAAACAACAGCAAAACUAUAUCAAAACAUCAGUUUACAAACCCUCAUAAAACUCGUGCAGUAUGAUCCAAGUCUCAUUUAUCCAGUCGUAUGCUCAGUACUUGCCAAACACAUGCAUUCAUGCUAAAACCAUACUAUUUGAAACACUUAUGCAUAAAGUAGCACACCUGGGCACAAGUGUGCAUUUAAACUCCAUUGAGCAGAGUUCAAAUACAUGUUGUUGCUUGCAGUGAUGCAGUGGUUAGCACCAUCGCCUCAAAGCAAGAGGGUUCUCGUUUGAACCUGCCAGCCGGCAGAGAUCCAUCUGUGUGGAGUGUGCAUCUUCUGCCCAUGUCAGCAUGAGUGUUCUCCAGGUUCUCUGGCUUUCUCCCACACUCCACAGACCUGAUAGUCGGGUUAAUUGGGGACUCUAAAUUGCCCACAGGUGUGAUUGUGAGUCUAAAUGUCUGUCUCCAUGUGCCAGUGUGAUAGUCUAGCGACCUGUCCAGGGUGUCAGCUAAAAUAAACUCCAAUCCCCCCAUGACCCUGAAAAGGCUAAGUAGCUACUGAUAAUGAAUGAAUGAAUUAAUGUGUUUGUGAUGUACUGAUUCUUCAUGCACACGUUUUUUUGAAUGUUUGUAAACCGAUAUUUUGAUUUAGUUUUGCUGUUGUUAAUUGCGGCCUCCUUUUACUCCAGUUCAUCAAGAAUGUUCUCUGUUUUUGGAUUCUUUGUUCAAGUUCAAGUUUUCUUGACGAGUUCAACGUAACAUGGAAUAACUGAUCAAGAAAUGAUCAUUUUGUGGAUGAUGUCUUGCCUUAAAUUGUGCAGUUUUAAUACCAGAGGGUAGAAUUCUCUUGACAAAACUGUCUAAGUGUCUUUUUUAGUCAUUUUCUUUGCAUUUGCCUUAAAAACAUACACUGUACAUUGUGCAUGACCCUUUUGCAUGAGGUAUUCCUUGAUUUAUAGAAAGAAAUAUUCAUUAUGAGGCCAUCAUUGCUGAAAGAAAAGGAUUCAAGACCAUUCUGUGCCAUCUUAUCACAUCUACCUACUUUAAUGUCACUAUGUUCUUUCUGCAGAGCCAAGGCUGUACUAUUCAGGCACUUUGAAACCGGUUAACACCAGAUGACUGUUAUACUGUUGAGUGUAAAAACAUUCCAUGUUUACAGCUGCUCUAAAACUUUCUCUGAUUUUAUGACGACUGACAGUGUGUAGCUGUGUCUUUGUGUUGUGUGUGUUGGUGCUCAUGCAAAACAUAAGCAACUAAUUUUGCAAUUUUACCGGCCAGGGCCUUAAUAAUGAAGUGAUCCGGCUUCAACCUCUCGACUACCUUUUUAGUCACAUAAGUGCUGUUGUCUAAUACUGUGAAUAAGGAAGGCCCCUAAGGGAUCUUACAAUAGGCUAUUAACUCAAAAUGACUCAUGUUCAAUAAAGGUUUGCAUCAAGAUAGAUCUCAUACGUCCAUAAAUAUUGUAGCGCAUUAUGGUUAUCCAUGAACCACAGUGUAUGCUUGCUUUUUAGGACUGUGCUGAUUCAGUUGAACCUCAACUUUGCGUUUCUGUUUUGUGACAUUAAUUCAACUUUUUGAAUUAAAACUGAGCGUGUUGUUGUUUCAGUCAGUUUUUACUUGUGAAUAUGAAUUUGUGUUUUUAGUAGCGAGACAAUUACAAUGGUUUCUCACACCCUGUGAGUGUAGGUCAGAACUUAUUGUAUGUCAUGUUCUGCCUUUACCUGUUUGUGGUAAAUGCAAAUAAACCUAUGAAAAA